GCAGCCCUGUAAAGUGAAAGCUUUGAGAAAGCGCCAUGUAAAUUCAUUCCCCCAUGUGCACUUAACUAAGGUUGUUAACGAAGCUUGCAACAUCGCAACUUCGCUACUUCGCACCAGCUACUCCUACAUAGUAGUAGCUUUCUUCAUACCACAACCAUGUUACGGUCAAGAUUACGAAUACCGAGAUCGAGUCGGUUAUGGCGUCCCGUCGCACUUUCGUCUCGAUCAUUCCAUGCUGCUCCCUCUCUGAAGCAGUUUAACCCAGAAGAGGGAAUUCCUGGGCUGUUGUCGCCAGGAGGUCUGGACAUGGCAUGGACUCAAUACAUGCAACUCGUAAUAGAGAGGCUCAAUGCAUUGACUGCCGGUACCGAAUUCGAGGAGCAAGAUCCACUAUCCAUCAUCAAAGCGACAGCACGCGAGCCUUCACUGGCACCUAUAUUUAACUAUGCCUCUAUGGCCCACAACAACCAUUUCUUUUUUAAAAAUCUUGCGAACAAGAAGAGCCCGAGUCACCAACAACCAGGAGAGGACGCCGAUGAAAACGAGGCAACGUCUAGAGCAACGAAAAUGUCCGAGACACUAAAAAAAUUACUUGCCAGACAGUUCAGCUCUAUCGAGACACUUCGCCGCGAGUUCUAUGCCACAGCCAUGGGCAUGUUCGGCCCAGGCUUUGUAUGGCUGGUCAAGAAUGGCCGGUCAUCAGACAUGCGCAUCCUGGUCACGUACUUGGCGGGAACACCUUACACGGCAGGCCACUGGCGUCGUCAGGGUGUCGAUAUGAACACCCACGGUCUUAGUUCCCCGGACACUGUUCAAGCCUGGCUCGAUCGAACCAAGGCCGGCGCUGGCGCGGACACAGGCGGUAGGUUCUUGCAACAAAGCCAAACAGCGCCGGGUGGCACCGACGUCAUCCCAUUACUAUGCUUAAAUACGUGGGAGCAUGUAUGGCUGCGGGACUAUGGUAUCGGUGCGGGCGGCGUGGGAGGCAAGAGACAGUACAUAAUGAACUGGUGGAAUACCAUCGACUGGGCCAUGAUCGAGGAUGAAGCCAGAAUAGGAAUAGCCGGGCCUUCACUCAAAAUCUGAAACACAAGAAAAAGUGUUGAAUGAUGUCCGUUCAGCCGCCGGGGAACUCGGCGUGUAACAUACUCAUACUUGAGAGCCCCUUGUAGAUACAUACAUACCUACCUACCUAGGGAGGGCCAUGUGCUAUAUACCAAAAAAAUGUAACAUGAAAGCAUGAAAAAUGGUGUUGUGUGCAGGUCAUGGGGGUGGGUAUAUGUUGAAUAAGAAUGGCAGGUAAGUGAAUUGGUGUGUGGGUGCAGCCAAGGCUAGGAACAUAGAGUGUCUCGUCUCCCUUGAUUCUGUUGUCACGAGACAAGUUAAUUGCGACUCGCCUAAAUGAGGACGCUCUUGUUCAAGACCGCAAGUUGAGUGAUGGGCGCUUGGAUAAAAUGACCCCUUAUGCAAAGUACACCCACCAUA